AUGACGAGCGAGAAUCCCGCCCCAAAUACGCAUGCACCAACUCAGCAUACACUUUCAGAAGUGGAUAUUACCCCCAAACAUACUCUUAUCACGAUCGGAGAUGUCAAAUACGAUGUCGACCUUUCGCAAAUACCUUAUCUGUCGUCCUUUGCCAAUUUCCAAGCCAAAGCCCAGCCGGACCUCACCGAUUUGGUCCACGGCCCAAUACCUCUUUUUGACGUAGCUUUGAAGGGAAUUCAAUCGGGUUAUCGUCAAUGCUUCAGGAAUCUUCCCCCCGAACUUCAACAGUACCACGUUCUAUGCGAAACAUACGAGUUUCUCGGCAUUAAUGUCCUCGACAAACGACGUAUCGACCAGAUCUUCAGCGAUCUGAGGCUCUGCAGGAUAGAUUGGGACCCAGAGGAUGAAGAUACCAAGGGUGUUAAGUCGAAAGCACGCGACGCUGCUUUCAGUUUGCUGUAUCUCAUCCUGCUGGGCGAAUUUGAGGAUGAUAAAACGAAUGGAGACAAAGCUUACAACGCAGUGUUGUUCGUGUUAUCUCAUCCCGCGACGUUCAAGUCGAGAACAAGAGCCGUAGUUCGGGCGGCGUAUGAGGAACGUUUUGUUGUCUCGCGGAAGCAGAUAAAGAGACUAGAUCAAUGGCUGAAGGGAGAUACUGGAGAUGAUAGCGAAGAAGUCACCACUACAGAGGAGGAAUCGCACGAGGAUUACUAUGUAUCGGAUGAGUACUAUGAAUCGGAUUGGUCGUAG